AUGUCAUAUUGUCCACAGCGUCUCGUUCGUUCCCGCUUCAGCGCUGGACUGCCAUCCUGGGAUCCGCACCACAGGUGGUAUCGACCGAGGACAGGCUUUCAAGCUGCGAGAGCAUCCAGUAACGAUGCGUCGAAUUCGAGAUCGCUGUCGUCCUACCCAGCUGACACCGUCGUUACCCAUCCAACUCUUUCCCCUUCUUUAAACGAUCGUCGCUUGACAAACGUGUCUUGGGAAGGGUCCUCUAGUGUCUCCGAUCUCAAGUCUUCCUUUCAUCCCGUUCAAACAUCCAGACAUGAUCAGAUUAGAUCGCAGUCACUUAAAGCGCCACAAGAUCAGUCUCCUCAUUCUGAAUACGAGCCCGAUGCUUCUACGCCUGGGUCACGGCGGCAAGCAUUUGGCCGCUUCAGAGGCGUGCUCUCAAUCCCUGAACGGAGUAAUAUUUUUGGAUCCGGCUCUGCCCCCAAAAUUGUAUACAAUACCAAAGUUGUGAUCAACGGUCAUCUGAGGGAUAGACAAAGAGUUCUCCAUCCGAGUGCUGUGGCUUUGGAGAAGCGCAUCAGAUACCAAUCUCUCUUCUACAGUGGUGCGGAAGUACGCAAAUGGAGACUCGCGUGCAGCGACCUGUACCGGUCGAAAUUCUACGAACGAGAGAUGGAGAAUGAACUAUUGAUCACUUUGAAAUUGGAUUCCGUUGAGCAGAUUUUGCUGGAGAAACUCAAAAUAGACUCCCUAGGCAGAUUUCGGGAGGCCUGGGAAUCCCUAAGCAAGCGCGAAAAGUCCACUCGAUGGCAUAAACUGUCUCUGUGGGUACUGAAAAUUUGCCCAGAAUACGCUCUGGACUUCUUACUGGUCACCAAUCAGAGCAAGGACAGACCUGUAUUUGUGAUGGUCGCAGAUGCCUUCCUUUUUCUCGAUGCGUUCCAUUACGACACACUCAAACGCUGGAGGAAUGGGACACAUACAUACCAGUCUGUUUUGCAAAGUGCCCUGAGGCCCAGCAAUUGGCCCAUCCUUUUCCUGCCGCAAAAAGGUGUGCGACUUUUUGUGAAGCGUGCGAGCCGUGAGGCGGUUCAUCAUGCUUUCCAACUUGUGCGCCAGCGCAAGAUUCACACCAAGGCAGAAACUUAUUUGUGUUUCAUGUGGCGAUUUACAGAACUGGGAGAUAUCGACAAGGCGCUUGAGGCCCUUGGCAACGUGCAGCGGAUGAGACAGGCCGAUUUCCAGCUGGAUUCUGAUGCUGUGAAACGUCACUGCUGCAAACUUCUCACACUUGACUCGGUUCAAGAAGGGCCCAACGGGCGCAACUUCUACAUCCUUCCCAAACUUUUAGAGAAGGGUGUUCGGCCCGAUCGGGACAUGAUGAAUAUAGUAUUAUCCAACGCUUUCAAGACAGGCGAUGAGCAAUUGGGGCUUGACAUGCUUGAAUAUAUGCGCGCCAAUGGGUAUGAGUGGGAUUCCUAUACUUAUUUGACCCUUCUCAAUGAUGCUGUUGCGCGAGGGGAUCGGAAUCGUGUCACUUCACUGGUUCGAGAAGUCGAACCUGACGAGGAGCUGCAGAAAAACCCUUGGAUUGCAAGCAAAAUCUUUCAUGCUCAUUUCGUUUUUACGGGCAAGCAUAUUAAUCCGGAUGACGACCCGGACGCUGUCUUCUAUUCCAUGUUGGAUAUGUACAACCAGCUACAUGAUAUCACCCCUCUGAAGGAACUCUCUAUUCUACCACCCGAAUAUACCCCUCCGCCUGGGGGUGACAAUACUCCGCCGACGCCAAUUGCUCUUUAUCUCAUGAUUGCAACCUAUCUUCGGUGUCGAAAGCGUGUCUCCAUUGGCCAGCGUCUGUACUCGAUCUUUCGCUCUCUUGUGCUGCAAGGCCACCCCGCCAUUGCCCCCCUGGCAGCGACUGAUCAUACCUACAACGAGUUUCUUAUAGCAUUUCGAGAUAAUCCGCGUGGACUGAGACCAGCUAUGCGAGUAGUGGAAGAUAUGCUACAGUCUUCUGCCCAAAACGAGACAGAUCUGGAUCCGCGGGGUUCACCCGCCAGCCAUGCCCGACCCAGUGCUCGAACGUGGACGAUCCUGAUGAGUUGUUUUGUUUACAACAACCAACCACAUGCUGCAGAGAAAGUCAAGGAGAUGAUGGCUGAACACAACAUCGACUACAACAAGGCUACUUGGAAUGUUAUGGUCAGCAACCACGCUAAUCGGCAAAAUGUGUCCGAUCUUGCAAAAACGAUCAAAUCGAUGGAGGACGAAGGAUUUAUCGUCGACUCCUACAACAUGAAGUCUCUGCGUUAUCUUCGGGAUCCCGAACGGCUAUGGGUGGCUUUGGAGGAGCUGGAUAAGAUGGCUGAGCCUCCCAUCAACAAAUUGGCGUCAUCUAAGUCUUCCGCACGGGUCACGGAGAAGAAGAAAAGUGAUCAGUUACUCGACCGGGGCCUCAGGCGAUUGAGUGAGAAAAUGAAGCCUAAGCUAUGA